CUCUCAAAACGCGAUACUGUCGAUUUGUUUGUGUUGAAAACUUUUAAUUAUUUAUUUCUAUUUGACAGAAAAUUAUAAUUUCAUCAACAAUUAUUAAUUAAGCUUUCAAUAUGGGAGUUCCAGCAUUCUUUCGCUGGCUAAGUAGAAAGUACCCAAGCGUCAUUGUCGAAUGUAUUGAACAGAAGCCAACAGACGUAGACGGUGAACUGGUGCAUGUGGACUCUUCACUACCAAAUCCCAAUGGAGUAGAAUUUGACAAUUUAUAUUUGGACAUGAAUGGGAUCAUCCACCCAUGCACACAUCCUGAGGACAAACCCCCGCCCAAGGAUGAGGAUGAGAUGAUGGUUGCUAUAUUCGAAUGCAUUGACAGAUUGUUCCGCAUCGUGAGGCCUAGGAAGCUACUGUAUAUGGCCAUUGAUGGAGUUGCACCGCGCGCAAAAAUGAAUCAGCAGCGCUCACGUCGUUUCCGAGCCUCCAAGGAGACGCAGGAGAAGAUUGAGGAGGUGGCUCGCAUACGAUCCGAACUGCAAACUAAAGGGGCGUAUUUACCCCCUGAGAGGCCCAAGGAGGCGCACUUUGACUCCAACUGUAUCACACCUGGUACACCGUUCAUGGACAGACUGAGCAAAUGUUUACAUUACUAUAUACAUGACAGAUUAAACAGUGAUCCAGGGUGGAAAGGCAUCAAGGUUAUAUUAUCAGACGCCAACGUUCCGGGUGAGGGUGAACACAAGAUUAUGGACUAUAUACGCAGGCAGAGAGCCCAGCCCGACCACGACGCGAAUACCCAGCACGUGCUGUGCGGCGCGGACGCGGAUCUCAUCAUGUUGGGGCUCGCAACCCACGAGCCCAACUUUACCAUCAUCCGCGAGGAGUUCAAACCCAACAAACCGCGACCCUGCGACGUGUGCGGACAGCUUGGGCACGAGAUGAAGGAAUGCACAGGUACCACCCCGGACGCCUCACUGGUCCGGUCAGACCCAGCUUUUGGAAACCAGGACAAUUUCAUCUUCGUCCGUCUCUCAGUGCUCCGGGAGUACCUCGAGAGGGAACUGCAGAUGCCUAACCUGCCAUUCCCGUAUGACUUUGAGCGAGCCCUGGAUGAUUGGGUGUUCAUGUGCUUCUUCGUGGGCAAUGACUUCCUGCCGCAUCUGCCCAGUCUGGAGAUCAGGGAGGGAGCUGUGGAUCGACUCGUGAAUCUGUAUAAGAAAUGUGUUUAUAGGACGAAGGGCUGGAUCACAGACUCCGGCGACGUGAACCUAGACCGCGUGCAGGUGAUCAUGACGGAGCUGGGCCACGUGGAGGACGAGAUCUUCAAGAGGCGGCACACCAACGAGCUGAACUUCAAGGCGCGCGACAAGGCCAAGAAGAAGCAGCAGAGGGUCAACUUCUCGUUGCUGGAGAAGACACAGUUCGCUCCCAUGCCUAUCGGCCAGGGGGGCUCGAAGACGGUGCAAAACGCUCGCCAAGAGGCUGCCAGCAUACGGAAGGCGGGCAUGGAGGCUGUUGCAGCUGAGGAGUCUCAUGGGCGCGGCAGGAAGCGUACAGCAACGGACGCAGCCCUGGACGAGUCGGACGAUGACGACAAGCACGACGAGGUGCGCCUCUGGGAGGAGGGCUUCAAGGAGCGCUACUACGAGAGCAAGUUCGAAGUCGGCAGGGACAACCUUGAGUUCAGGUACCGCGUGGCGCUGCAGUACGUGCGCGGGCUGUGCUGGGUGCUCCGCUACUACUACCAGGGCUGCGCCAGCUGGAAGUGGUACUUCCCGUACCACUACGCGCCGUUCGCUUCUGACUUCGUCAACAUAUGCGGCCUCUCCACCAAGUUCGAGAAGGGUACGCAGCCGUUCCGACCGCUGGAGCAGUUGAUGGGCGUGUUCCCGGCGGCCAGUUCGCAACACGUGCCGAAACCGUGGGCGAAUCUCAUGAGUGAUCCCUUCUCGCCCAUCAUAGACUUCUACCCGACGGAUUUCAAGAUCGACUUGAAUGGCAAGAAAUUCGCGUGGCAGGGCGUCGCGCUGCUGCCCUUCGUGGACGAGACAAGACUCUUCAAGGCACUGGAGCCCUAUUACAAAGAAUUGACCCAGGCUGAGAUACAGCGCAACAUCCGCGGCCACGACCGGCUGUACGUGUCGCCGGCCAACAACAGCUACGAGUACGUGUCGGGGCUGCACGGCGCGGCCGGCCGACAGCUGCGAGACCUGGUGGAGCGCGGGCAGCGAUACCCCUACCGCUGCGACGGCGUGCGCGGUGACGUCAUGCUCAGCGCGGACUGUGUCUGCAUCGGCGGGCAGCUGUCGUCGCCCGUGAUCGGUCUGACCCCAGUGCUGGGUAACCAGGUGAUGUGCGUGCGGUUCCAAGACCCCCAGUACCCUGAUGACUUCGUGUUCCCCGCGCGCCGCCUCAAGCUGGCCGUGGAGCCGCCCCGCGUCCUCAAGCCGGGGAACCUCAGCCACGAGCAGAACAGGAACUGGCGGCCUCAGAUUGGUAUGGUGCGCUCGAACACGGUGGCAUCGCUGGAGGCCGCCGGCCACCGCAUGCUCGGACACGAACUGCCGCGGCAGCGCGCGUACAGCUCCGUUCCCCCGCCGCAGCAUCAGUCAGGACAAGAUCGAUCAUCGUUCGGACCACACCGGGGCGGGUACGUGCCCCACCAGAACCAAGGUUACCAGCAAAGCACCAAUCAGAACUACCAGAGUUUCCAAAGCUUCAACCGCUCAGGAUACGGCGGCCAGGACAGGUCCAAUCAGGGGUACCACAACAGAUACGGCAACCAGGGUCAAGGCUACGGCCACCAGAAUAGGUACAAUAACCAGGGUUCUCAUGGUUAUCAUCAGUCCAACCAGUACCGCUCCCAGUCACCGCAGUACCAUCAGAACAGGCAUGGCAACCAGCCCCAGCAGAAUAGGCGGUAUCAUGGAAACUCGGGGAACAGAGCCGGGUGGCGUUGACAGGUUUAAAAUAGUUUGUAUAAAAAAAAUGAAUCCAGGAUCAAAGACGACGCCAUCUUGUACUAUGAGUACUUUUAAUCUAUAAAAAUUCUUGUUUGUAAAUAUAUAUAGAACAUACAAUGGAAAUAUGCCUAAAUACAAAAUUUGUAUUGUACGGGCAUCGAACUGACCUUUAGAUAGCGAGGCAGGCAGAUAUCGCUACACUGACUCAUUAACAAAAAAGAAAUAUAUUAAAAAUGCAAUGUCUAUUGCAAAAUAAUACAUAAAUCUAUAGUCUAUGAUUUGUUCCUUUAAAACGUGUGAGCAAAGUAGCAUAUAUUUCACGCUCCCUCACACCCAGAUCUCAUUGUAACCAAUAGGGUUGUACAAUGGUCGUAUCGUAUUUACUGUAUUUUAUCGUAAUCGUAACGAUAACAUAUACAAAAUUUAUAUUACUUAUUUUUCUAAUACUGCGGAAUUUAUGUAUGACAUUACUUUUUUAAUAUUUGUUCACAAAAUGAAUAAACGUGUUUUUGACAAUAGCUGUCACAGACAGCUAUAUUUUAAUAAUAUUGUCUAUGAUUUCCUUUUACUAUAGACUUAA